GGACGCUGCGCCUGGAAGCGUCAGUAGCAUCCAAACUCCAGCACGCGAUCUGUCAAGCAGAAGCUGCCAGCAGCGUCCAGUCGAACCGUCCCCCCGUUUUGUUUCCUUCGGACAACAUGUUGGCCAAGGUGUUGGUCCUCCUCGCGCUGAGCGGCCUCAGCUUCUCUGCCAAGCUUCCUUCGAACUUCCAGACCUGCCAUGUGAACGACGUUGAGUUUUCCACCUGCCUUGCCAAGGCCAUCGAGGACGCGCUCCACUCGUUGAAAGAUGGCGAGAAGACGCUGGGUAUUGCCCCUAUCGACCCCCUCCACGUAGAUGAAAUGACCCUGGAUCUGGGUUCGGGCCCUAUCUCAAUCGUCCUCAGUGCCAAGGACCUAAACAUCGUCGGCCUGCAUAGCACCACCGUCGACUCUGCCGAACUGGACUCCAAGAAGCACGUCCUCGUUGUGAAGGCGCAAACUAAACACCUGCGGCUCGACUUCCAGUACAAGGCGACCGGGCAGAUCCUUGUGGUGCCCGUCCGAGGAGACGGACCCGCCUUCUUCGAGUUCGAUGACGUUGCCACUACACAUGUUAUUACCGGCGAACCUGUUGAGAGGAAGGGCAAGACCUACUGGACGAUCACCGACUACAAGGUCAAUAUCGAGCCCAAGAAAAUGAAGUGCCACUUCACCGAUCUCAUCAAGGGCAACUCCCAGGUUAGCGAGCAGGUCAACGGUUUCCUCAACGGCGACUGGAAGCUCUUCUACAAGCAGAUCCAAGGGCCGGCUCAGGAAGCGUUCAGCGCUAUGUUCAAGCAGCUAGCCGGUCGUGUGUUCGACCGCGUCCCCAUCACUGACAUCUACCAAGACAUCUAAAGGAGCAUCCGGACCUCGUGCUGAUCUCACCCACCGUCCCACCGCGCUCCAGUCAGACCAUCAGAAACAUCUAUAGAGUGGUAGAUCCAGCGCUACUCACAUUCCCACCGCACGCCAGUUCAUUUUGUAUAGUUCCUACCUCAGCGUGCUCAUUUGUAAGGUAUCAUUUGUAAAUAUUA